AUUUGUUUUCCCAGAUGUUUUUUUGCAAUGCCUGAUGAUAUCGAGAUGAAAGUUUGUAUACUGCUUUAUCAUGUAUUAUUUAAUCAUUCUUUGCCCUUUUAUUUCUUUUGUCGUUUCACAAGUAUUUUAUCACAAAUCUAUUUGAAGUGAUUUAAAUGUGCAUGUAUGGGAAGCAUUAGCAAGGAUUGUGUGCUGUAUAGCAGAAAUUAAGUGGAAACAUCCUCACCUUAACUGGGAUUGUCAAACAUUAUGUGGAGGAUUAGGAAGAUGGUGUCUCUUUAAUGAGGAGAUCCUGGGCCGUUUCCCAAGGAACAUGUGUUGGUCUGAACAGACUUUCUCCUUGACUUAGCAUACCAAGUGAUGUCAUCAGAGGCAUUCCGUCAAGUAGAUGAAAAACAUGUGUCCAGUGAAGUUGACCACAUGUUGUGGUCACCGAAGAUCGACUUGGUGGCCUUGUCCAAUGUUCAGGGAGAGGUCAUAUUACACCGCUUGUCAUGGCAGAAGGUGUGGACGUUAGCACCACCCGAGGAAGGGGAGACGGUGGGAGGCUUGGCAUGGAGACCAGAUGGAAAAGUUUUGGCAGUUGGGUAUGCAUCUGGUAAGAUACGUCUGUGUGACAUUGAGAAUGCCGAGGUUCUGCACAAUAUAAACAUGAGCAAACGGAUCACCACCCUGAACUGGAUCUCACAGGUUUUCACCGGCUCCGACUCGUGGUCUACUGAACCAUACUCAGAAGACGGGGCCAGUGAUUUUCUUCCAAAACUUCAACCACUGAACAAAAGCUAUGGAACAAUCUCAAAAGGUCACCAAGAAGAAAAUGUUGAAGAUAGCAAGAAAUUAAAAGACCAAAAAGAAUUAAAUCUGUUGCUUGUUGGAACAGAUGGUGAUAUGUUGCAUACAUUUGCAUAUGGGAUAUUUCCUACUGCUGAAGUCUCUGUGUCUGUACUAGAUGGUUCAGAAAUCCGUCGCAUUUGUUCAGCAUCAAUCUCACAGGAUCUGCAUUGCCUUUCGUUGAUAGUGGAGUCGAGAUCGGAGCAGUCGGACGACAUAGACUACUAUAUGCUAACAUAUGACACAAUGUUGUUGGCAUCUCGCCACAAGGAACUGCGACUGUUGGCGCUGAAAUAUGGUCAGAUAACCACACUCAUUGGGUACCUUCAGCUGACUAUUCAGCAGAUGUCGGAGGCAUGGGAAGACAUUUUGAUGACGAUGGACACGAAGCUGCUGACAUUUGCAGAGCAGAAACAGAGAUCCCUGUCAGGUGAGAUGACCACGGUGAGCAAUGAUUUCCUGGAGCUGUUGCUGUUCGGAACACUCAGUCCUGAACUGCAGCAUUUUCUUGAACAUGAGCUAACAGAAAAGCGUUUGAAAAAGCUUGGACAUUCCAUUGAAACAUCCUAUUCUAAUAUCCAGAAACUGGUUGUGAAGCAUCUUCAGAGUGUGAGUCAGGCCAUAGUGUACCACCUGAGUGACCUUGGUGGUAUGUCUCUGUGGUAUGACAAGUUUGGUGUUCUUGGUCUCGAUACAGCCAUGUUACAGAAGGCUGUCGACAUGGCUGGAUCCUUUGUCAUCACCACCAGUCAGCUACAGCAAGUGAUUGAUGGCAGUAUUAAGAAUUUCAAGGCAUUUUUCCGAUGGUUAUAUGUCGUUAUUUUGCGACUGUCCAAUCAACAGCCACCAGCAGAACUCAGCAAGAUGACACAGCAUGAUGUGAAUUUUGUAGCCGAAUUUUUGAAGGAAAACUUUGUGGAGCUGUCUCCAACGGAGUCAGCAAAAAAGAAUCAUGGUUUUAAACUUGAGAAAGUUGGUCAGUAUUUGAAGAAGAAGGAUUUGUUGUAUCCCCCCGAUACGUCAAACAACCCCUGGGUACAGUACCUCAAUUCCAGCACACUCCAUAAAGACAAUGAUGUGCUGUACCCCGUGGACCACAAUAAGUCUCUCAUACAGAUACAGGACAGUCUGGAGACCAUCAUAGAGGAGGCUCUGAAAACACCAGCGACUGUGAUUGGUCAGUCUUUGAUUUGUGUGUGCACACAUCAUCUCUUCACUCUUAACAGAAGUGAAGGAGCCAAGAGCAGAUCCCCAGUGUUCUGUCAAUUUAUGCAUAAUGAAAGCAAAAUGUUGUACACAGUAUUUGCAGCAGAUUUCAUGCCAUCAGAUAGUUUUUUUAUUCUUCGACAGCCUACAGAUUCCAAACGGGCCACUGAAGAUAGUGAAAUUAUACGAAUAGUAGUUGGACAGCUGGGUAGAUCUGACAUCAACACAAGCAAUACAUCAGACUCAGAAAGGUGCAGUCAUCACCAGGUUCUCGAUGUGGCGGUAUACGAUGAGCACACUCUGUGUGUGAUGCUGCAGGAGGACCGUGACGAUGGUAACCCCGUCCUCAUCCAGCUGCCCCUGUCGAUUCUCGCCGGGGUGCCAUACACACGGCUCAAAACAACCGAGAAUGUCACGUCUCUCCCCAAUAUUAAACAGAUUGAUGUUGGUCCGCUACUGAAUGAACACAACUACCGGCAUCUUGAAAACAUGAAGGCUCAUUCGUUUGCAGUCAGCGGAACCAGGAAAACGGCUACAGUUCUGUUCUCCUCAAGGCGGAGAGUUCGAAUCUUCCUCAUGGAUGCUGAAGAGGAGGAUGAGGAGGAUCAGACACUGGACGAGUCGGAGAUCGCUGGAACUGGAACACUGGACGAGAGCCAAUCAGAGACCGGGGUCAAUGACAGUCAGCCAAUGGAAGAGGGUGAUGAGGACAAGGAAAAUUCAUCAAGUCUGAUUGGUUCUGAUGGAGAACAUUGAUGAUAAUUAACCAUUUUAAUAUUAGUUCCAGUCACUUUGCAUUUCUGAGAAUCUUAUGCUGACUGGAAUAAAAUCAACGCAUGAAGUCUACGUCUGCAUGAUAUAUCCAUCAGUUUAUUACAUGUAUUCCUUCACAUUGGAACAUCUACUGACGAAAAGAAAUAAGAGACCAAAUCUAAUUUACUACUUGUAUGUCUGUAUUUUAUACUUGUAUAAUGUCUGUAUUUUAUACUUGUAUAAUGUCUGUAUUUUAUACUUGUAUAAUGUCUGUAUUUUAUACUUGUAUAAUGUCUGUAUUUUAUACUUGUAUAAUGUCUGUAUUUUAUACAAACUUGUAAUAUGUGAUUGAAUGUCAGUAAUGUCGAAUGGACUGCCAGAAACAGUCAGUAUAGAUUCAGUUUUCAUUGAAGUCAUUGUUUGCUGUUCCUGUGAUCCCUUAUUUCUUUCCAUCAGGCAUUCUCCUAAGCUCCAGGCAAGUGAUGUGUCCAGGAGGCCGAGCGCUCAUGAACAAUUUGACUGGUACCAUCGUCUUCUGUCGUAUCACAUUCAUCUCAAGUUAUAUGCAGAAACCAGUAUAGCGAGCGACCAUGAUUGAUUGCCCUCUUGAAUAUACUGUUGGCGAUUCCCUACAGAUAAAUCCACCGAGUCUCACUUCAUAGUUUAUUACAAUGUAGAUAUCUGCUGACUAUUUAUAGCGAUUUGAAAUUUUCACUAGUGCACCAGACAAGUACAUGUAGAAAUCUACUUGUCUGCCAAUAUGUUCACUUGUCUGAAUAAGUGGUUUGUUUUAUAAAAGUGCAAGGACGAUGUUUUUGAUUGCUCAAACUAAAACUGCAUUUCACUUGUCUACUGGACAACGAAUGAGGUACAUUCUGCUUAUCCAAGCAGAUUUUCACUUAUCUCGACAAACGGACAAGUGUUUAUUUCGAACAUUGAUUUUGUAGGUUACUAUUAUUAAAGAAAACUAUUUAGCAUCACAGAAACUGUGCAUUUUCAUUUAUGUCAGUGUUAAAAUAGUCUGAAAGUGCCCUCGGUGGUGUAGUGGUUAAACCAUCGGACUUGAGGCUGGUAGGUAACAGGGUUUGCAUACCAAUACCCGCUGCCACCCAGAGCCAGUUAACAGCUCAAUGGCCACUACACCAAUUACCGUCUCACUAACAACUAACCCUCGGUCAUGCAUAGACCAGAUAACUGAGGUGUGGGCCCUGGACAGCGUGCUUGAACAUUAAUUGGAUAUAAGCACGAAAACAACAGCCCUGGUAUUUUAAAACACUUAUUUCCAUUGUAUAUAAAUAUAUAUAUAUAUACAUGUAUCUGAACAAAUGAUGACAAUUUUAAAUGGCUACCUUGUAACAUUUAUGAACCUAACGAAGUAAAAUCAGUUAAAUGAAAUUAAAAAAACAAUUACAGCAAAAUCAGACCAUGCUGACAAAACAAGACAUGUUAUUUGUCUGUUUUACACAAAUUUCAUGUACAGAAAAUGUCAGUUUAUUCCACAACUGUUAAGGUUCUGUAGCCUGCUAAUUGAGUUGAUCCAUUCAUCUGUGCAGUGCAUAACAUGUCUACAAGUGAAACACGGCCAAUAAAAUGUCAAUACUUUCAAUUUAGCUUAAUGAAAAGAAAUUCACAGCCAGAUUAUUCCAUUUUAUGCAUCUAGUUUUUUUUCUUUUGUUGAAUCAAAUUCAUUUUGUCUGAACUUUUUAUGUCAUUUCACUGGUGUAUAAACUGAAUUUACGUAAAUAAAAGUAACCAUUCA